AUGACAGCAAGUGAUGCAGAUGCUACGGUGCCUUUCAACUCGUGGAACAACACGAUUGACACGCUGCAGUAUGGCUUGGUUUUCAUUGUGGUUCUCGUGGCUGCCCAUCCCUUGGGUCUCUUCUUCCCCAAGUACUUCAAGUUACCAUUGAUCACUGGGUACCUAGUGAUCGGGAUCAUUGCAGGACCGUUUGUUACCAAUUUACUACCUCAAGCACUCGUUGAAAUGUUGUCGACGUAUGUGAGUGCGCUGGCCUUAUCGUUCAUCUCAUUUCAAGCGGGACAAGAGAUUUAUUUACCAGAGCUGAGACCACAAUUGAAACAAAUCUUCAUCUUACUCAGUUGUCUCUACGUCACGGCAAUGGUGGCUCUCGUAAGCGUGCACUUGUUUGCUAAUAACGCCUUCUUCUAUGACGAUUUUGUCACGAAUUGCCAAGUGGGGAUCGCACUCAUGUUUGGAUCCAUCUCGGUGCUUGGCUCUCCUACAACCGUCAUGGCUAUCAAAAUUGAACUCAAUAGUGUCGGAGCUUUCACGAAUCUCAUGCUAGGGACGACCAUGCUGGCAGAAUUUAUCGUGCUCGUGUCCUUCUCGAUUUCACGGCUUAUCAGCUCCAUCUAUUGUACCGACCUACAAGUCUCACUAACGAAUAUUGUCUUCACGCUGUCAAUUGUGGCGUUAAACCUUGUAGCAGGUGUUGUGAUUGGACUUGUCAUCAUCUUGGUUUUUGAGAUCCCAGGCAGUACUGCUGAUGAACAUUUAGAUUUACAGGACUCAAUGGUGACGACAUCGUCGAAUUCGAGUUUGGAAACUUCACAGGACCCAGGCAUGAUGCCACACCCACACAAUGCCUACGUGGAAGAAACGGACGGAGACCGCAAACCUCGAACGCAACACCACUUUUGGACGACAAACGUGUCUUUAUACGUGAAAGGAUUUUUGUGGUUGACGCUCGGCUACAUGCUCUACAUCGCCAAUACGAUAUUGGCUGAGGCUACUAUUGCUUCAUACGGAGCUUUGUGGGAGGUCAGAUUUGAGCCCUUGCUAGUGCUGAUGGUCGCUUCUUGUCUUGCUGGCCACUAUUCUUUGAUUCGUCACGAUAUGCACGUGAUCCUGGAUACCGUGGCACCAUACAUGUUUCUGCCUUUUUUCGUGAUGACUGGAGCAGCACUCGAGUUGGACAUGGUAGUGAGGGUACUUCCUCUUAUGAGCUUGUAUGUUUGUCUGCGCUUUGUUGCAGUUUUCAUUGCUUGUUACUUCGGUGGGCGCUUCUUGCUUCGGCUUUCACCAAGACAAUACAACAAUCUCUGGCUUACAUUGACUCCCCAAGCUGGUGUCGCACUAGGUCUUGCUGAUGAGAUGAAGUCAUUCAGCUCAGAUCCUUGGGCUGGAGAGUUUGCAGCAACAAUCAUAGCGGCUGUGGUGGUGAAUCAAAUUAUUGGUCCAGUAUUGUGUGCUCUUGGACUUCGUCAUGCAGGCGAGAGUAUGUACGAUCGAGGCGCUGACGAACGUCAGCAAGCUGAACAAAAUGUGGAUGGUUUGGAUACCACAGAUAACGUCCGUCGUACGCAAGAUGAUCGACGUACAUUGCUCCCAUUUCACGUAGUCAAAAGCGCUGUGAUCAUUGGAGAGGACGAGGUGGCCUUUGAAACUGCGUUGGAGUUGUCCUUAUACGGAGCUCAAGUAAACGUGCCUCUGCUAGAUAAGGAACAGGCCGGCAAGUGGCAAAAUAUCAAUGAAACCAUCCUGCAGCGGUCAGCCAAGGAUGAAUUGAUCCAGUACAAGGAUAAAGUAAGGGAGCACGAGCGCGAAGAGCACAUGCAGGAAAUGUCGUCAGCAGAUGUGUUGAUUUUCACUGGUGACGGCAUGCGUACGCUGGAGUAUGUCCGAACCUUGAGGGCACUAUUGGGCGAAACAUAUCCACGCAUGACUGCAGUUGUCCCAGACUGCAUUUACAGCAAGGAACUGAGAGAGCUGGGAGCACUUAUCAUCCAUCCUUCCAUCGCUUUGGCAAAUAUUGUGACUCGGAUGGCACUCUUGAACCAGAAGCUAGCUGAAUCACUUUCACAAGAGAUCAGCACAACGAGCGACCUUGUGGCUGCUGCCUGCUCUAUGAAUCGUGACUCAAUACAAUCGUUAUCCGACAGGCGUCUCGAAGGUUGUCGUUUGGCGCUUGGCAGGAGCGUUGUCAAACACCAUUCGGCAAACUACGACAGACUUGGCGAGAUUCUAGCAGCUGAGAACCUCCCCAUGCCACCGCCGCCACUGCGUGUGUCGAUGUUUGGCACGUCUUCUGCUGGAUUUGACCCGUUUUCGAGGCGCAAUGGCAUGUCUGCCUACGAGCAUUUUGUUAUACAAAACGAGCCCACUGUCAAUGACUCGACUGUUUUUAACACGCAUUUCGUUCAACGUUCGGCGCCCCGCUUGGGUAUUUCCCCAUUGCCACAAGGAAGCAACCCGUACGCUUUUGCGCGAUCACGAUCCGUUGGAUAUCGCUCUAUGGCGAAUGUGGGCAGAGAAAGUGUACAGCGUGGACUCACCCGGGCCCAUUCGGAUGACGUGUGA